GUCAAAUCCACCUCUUUGAUUCGCUUCUUUCUAAAGUCUGCAACUUUGUGCCUUGAUAUGUUUUUGUAGCCUCCGCCGGAAAUCAUACAGCAUGUUUUGUUCAUCUAUCUAAAAACUAGUUUCUAUCUCAGCAUAUGCCUUGAGUCCACACAUAAUGAAACUCAAAAAAGACAAGCCACUGGGGCUUUCCUGUUCCAACAGGGAAAAACCGUUGCCAAGAUACAAGUUAAAGGCAACGAUACACCCGGAAGGCCAAAUCGGGAUUGAUGAUAACAACAGAGUCAAACGGAAAGCUCCUUCACCUGCAAAAUAUAUGGUGUUCCCAGAAAAUCAUGAUCAGAGGAAGAAGAAGAUGAUGAUGGUUUUUGAUCCUGGAAGUGACGCAUAUUUGCAGUGGAACCGAGUAUUCCUGGGUUCUUGCAUACUGGCACUCUUUAUUGAUCCUCUGUUUUUCUAUGUGCCCAAAGCGGAAAAUGAUGGACACUCAUCAUGUAUGACUACUGAUUCGAGUUUGGCAAUUGUUCUGACGUGUUUCCGUACGUUGGCUGAUAUUUCCUAUCUGCUCAACAUGCUCAUCAAGUUCAGAACAGCCUACGUAGACCCAAAUUCAAGGAUUUUUGGCAGAGGUGAGUUAGUUAUGGAUCAAUGGUUGAUUGCCAAGCGGUAUUUGAGAUCAGAAUUCAUCAUAGAUCUUUUAGCCACACUCCCCCUUCCUCAGAUCCUGAUUUGGCUUAUAAUGCCUGCAGUUAAAAGCCCCCGCGCAGACCACUCCAGCAAUUCUCUUGUACUGAUCAUUCUGCUUCAAUAUUUCCCCAGAUUAUACUUGAUUUUCCCAUUAAGUUCUCAGAUCGUCAAAGCGGCUGGGGUAGUUACAAAGACAGCUUGGGCCGGAGCAGCUUAUAAUCUUUUACUUUACAUGUUGGCUAGCCAUGUACGUUUGGGAGCAUUAUGGUAUUUGUUUUCGUUUGAAAGGAAUGCUACUUGCUGGAAAUCUGAAUGCAAAAAUGAAACUCAAUGUAUCCUUAAGUACUUGGAUUGCAGAACUUCAAACAAUGAUGAUCGCUUAAAGUGGAUAAACUCUACUUCUGUGUUUGCUAACUGCAAUCCAUCAAACAGCGACAGUUUCGAGUUCGGCAUUUUUGAACCAGCGGUUCACUAUAAUGUCAGUUCCAUAGAGUUUGUUCAUAAGUACGUCUAUUGUCUGUGGUGGGGCUUGCAGAAUCUGAGCUGCUGUGGCCAGGAAUUGAUUACGAGCAAGUUCAUUGGGGAAACUACAUUUUCAAUACUCGUAUGUAUCCUAGGUUUAGUUUUGUUUGCCCAUUUGAUUGGAAACAUGCAGACAUAUUUGCAAUCUAUUACUGUGAGAGUGGAGGAAUGGAGACUCAAGCGACAUGAUACUGAAGAGUGGAUGAAACACCGCCAACUUCCACAACAUUUGAGAGGACGUGUUCGAAGAUUUCUUCAAUACAAAUGGCUUGCAACUCAAGGAACCGAUGAGGAAUCUAUCUUGCGAGGCCUUCCCAAAGACCUGCGUAGAGAUAUUCAAUGUUACCUUUGCUUAGAUCUUAUUCGACGUGUCCCCUUUUUCUCACAAAUGGAUGAUCAGCUACUGGAUGCAAUAUGUGAGAGAUCGGUAUUGUUCUUGAGUCCUCAAGGAACUUAUGUUGUACGGGAAGGAGAUCCAGUGACAGAGAUGCUUUUCAUAAUAAGAGGAAGACUUGAAAGCUCAACCACAAAUGGAGGCAGGACAGGCUUCUUCAACUCUAUUGUAUUGAAACCAGGUGAUUUCUGUGGAGGAGAAUUACUAUCAUGGGCGUUGCUUCCCACAUCAACAUCCACUCUCAAUUUGCCUUCUUCUACAAGAACAGUGAAAGCCCUUGUGGAAGUAGAGGCCUUUGCACUGAGAGCAGAAGAUCUCAAGUUCGUGGCCAAUCAGUUUCGUCGUUUUCACAGCAAGAAACUGCAACAUACCUUCCGUUUCUACUCGUACCAUUGGAGGACUUGGGCAGCCUGCUUCAUUCAGGCUUCUUGGAGAAGGUACAAGAAUAGAAUGCUGGCAAUGAGUUUGAGCGGAGAUCAGCCAUUUGAUGAUUUUGAUGAAAUGGGACAUAGCCAGCAAAUGCUCACUGCUGUGACUUCAAGUAAUACUUCACCGAGCGACCCUGUAGACAUAUCAGGAUUUGGCACAAAAUCAAGAAGAGAAGCUCUGAGGAUAACGGAUAUUAAGAUGCCUAAGUUACAAAAGCCUAAAGAGCCAGACUUCUCAAAGGAAGCAGAGGACAUUUAGUUUACAACUGUUAUAUACUAUUACAAGCCUCAAAAUGGAUUAAAGUUUUAGUGCUUCAUGCAAUAAGAUAUGUCUAUGCCUAAAGUGAGAGCACGUUAUUAGUUAGCUAGUUGGCACGUUGUGGUUGUCUGUCUCUCAGCUCUUGACAAUGAAGAGUAUGUCAGGACACUGGGGACAUAACCAUAAUGGUGAAAGGAAUCAAUUUGUCGGAAGAA